UAAAGCUGGUCCUGAAGAGCGUCACGUGGUCAGGGGGCACAAAAAUGGCGGCGCUCUUGUAGAGGAUUGUGUGUUUUUGGAUUUGGUUUGUAGGCCCAUAUACGUUUGUAAUAAAACUAGAUUUUAUUGGAUGUUGUACACUGUACACAUUCUAUAUUUCGAAAUUAAUUAUACAUAGCAGGUUAAUUGUUAGUUUACUGUUAUUUGGCGGAAUCUGUGACUUCGUUUUCAAUCUUCUUGAUCCGAUUUGUUAUAUGGGUUUGAGAAUGAAGUAUCAGCCAAUCACAGUGUAGGAGGCGGGAUCUUUUCGUGUUCCCAGUCAUGACAGGGAGAAACGUUUGGAGCAGUAGCCGGGAGCGGAUGAGGAGAUUCCCUGAGCUCUUUGCCCGGUGCUCAGCAGAGGCAGCUGUUUAUGGCAAAUGUGUGGUUUCCACUACAUCAGGCAAACAGGAGCUGCAGAAAGAUUUGUGCCUAAAAGAGUUUGAAGCUCUGAAGACCUGCUUCAUCAACGCUGCGAAGCAAAGAAUGAAGUAGAAGAAGCCUGGAUAUACAUGUUGAAUAAACUUUUUGAUCCAUUCAUUCACUCAUCUUCAGAUUCAGAGCCUUUUCCAGAAACACUGUACAUAAGAUUGAAAUACACACUGAGUUGGAUUUGAGCACACAUUCAAAUGAGGAGCAAUGUUUUCAAGCCAAGCCACCCAAGUGCAUGUUUUUGGACAGCAGAAAGUACAUUUAAAACUCCACAGAGACAGUAACCUGAGCUUCAGCUCAAACUGCGUGGUUAAAAUAUUUGUAACCACCGUCAUCUGAGAUGUUUUAUUUACAUUUUUAAAUAGUAUCUGAAAAAAACAUAAAAAAAUGUCCUAGUGCAUACAAAUAAAUGAUCUCUAUGGCA